GAGGAAACCCGGAAGUGGCGAGGUUUCAUAGAGAGUUUGUUUAAAUUAACUCAUAAACUCACUGUGCGUUUAGGAGAAGGUAUAAUAUGCUAAAGUGAAUUUUAAUGUGCGCUAUGAUUGAAAAUAAGUUGUAAAUCUUUUAAAGAUGUUGUGUUUACGCCUCUCCCACUCACAUGACGAGUGAGUCAGCUGACUUUUGCUAAUCUGUGACUUAAAAAGAAACCGGGCGGAGAGCCGCCGUGUUUCAGUUCACACGAGCAGGCGCACAGGAGCGGGAUUUACUCGUGUUUACACGCUGUUUUAACUCACAGCCUCGGGGCAGGGGGUUGAGGAAGAUGUCAGAGAGGAUAGAAAGUGAAAGAGCGUGUGUGAGUGGAUGAGUUCGCGCUGUGGACGCUGCUGCAGCCGGUUGUCGCGGUCAUGGCUGAGUCGUUAGCGCUGCUGAAGCGGCUGAGUUACGCAGUCGGACACUUUCUGAAUGAUCUGUGCGCCUCUAUGUGGUUCACUUACCUCCUGGUUUACUAUCACUCUGUCCUGGGCUUUCAGAACUCGUACGCAGGUGUGUUAUUGUUAGUGGGACAGGUAGCCGAUGGAGUGUGCACUCCUCUGAUCGGAUAUGAAUCGGACAGAACCGCAGGAUGCUGCAAUUACGGCAAGAGGAAAACGUGGCAUUUAAUAGGGACGCUCAGUGUCGUGAUCUCUUUCCCCUUCAUCUUUAAUCAGUGUAUAGGCUGUAGUGAGUACACUCCACAAUGGGCCAGUCUCAUCUACUUCAUCCCCUUCAUCAUCGUCUUCCAGUUUGGCUGGGCUGCGACCCAAAUCUCCCACCUGUCCCUCAUUCCCGAGCUGGUGAAGUCCGAGUCGGCCAAGGUGGAGCUCACUGCUUACAGAUAUGCUUUCACCGUGAUCGCCAACAUCACCGUGUAUGCUGUGGCAUGGCUGCUGUUCCAUUUCCAGUCUAAUGAAGAUCCGUCCAUCACCGAUAACCUCGGUCCCGUCGACAUCCCCAUCUUCAGAAACCUGAGUCUGAUCGUGUGGGGGAUCGGCAUGUUCUUCUCUCUGCUUUUCCACCUGGGCACGCGGGAGGCGGAGGCUGGGGGUAGCGAGGAUGAGGAGGGAGGAGGUGAUGAAGGAGAACGGACUCCUCUCCUCACCCGAUCCACACUGAACUCUCCUUCUGUAGCUCUGCAGUGGCGACACUGGCUCAAAGAGCUGUCCUUCUACCAGGUUGCAGUUCUUUACAUGUGCACGAGGCUGAUAGUGAACUUGUCACAGACCUACAUAUCUAUGUACCUCACUAACACACUCCUCCUGCCAAAGAAGUACAUCGCCACAAUCCCCUUGGUGAUGUACUUGAGCGGAUUCGUCUCCUCGCUGAUCAUGAAACCUUUCAACAAGCUGAUAGGGAAAAAUAUGGCCUACUUCGUGGGACUGGUCCUGAUCCUGGUCUUCUCUUACUGGGCUCUGGUAGACAUUCAUAUGGGAGACGGUGUGUAUGGAGCUGCAGUGCUGCUGGGGGCGGGGUCAGCCAUCAUCCUCGUCAUGUCCCUGUCCAUGACCGCCGAUCUCAUCGCCGAUCAAACCCAAAGCGGAGCGUUCGUUUACGGCGCUAUGAGCUUCACUGACAAAGUCGCAAACGGAGUGGGAGUCAUAAUCAUCCAGGGCCUGCACCCGUGCCAUACUCAGGCAUGUUGUCCUGCGUGUGUGUGGUAUUAUCACUACGUGAUGGUGAUCGUUACGGGCGGAGUCGCUGUUGUAGCAGCACUCAGUCUCUGCACCAUUCUCAUCUGGCCAAUCAGGAUCAGAUAUCUGUCGGUGGAGCAGCAGGUAAACGGGUCUGCUAACCAUCUCCCUGAUGGUCUCAGUGUGAUGCCCGGUCUGAUGUCAGACGGAGAAGAUUCAGAAAGCAGCACAGAGCCGACGCUCGUUAACUGAAUUAUUCUGAAACAUACAUGUAAAUCUGCACAAACUGAACUCUGAGGUAUUAUUGUGAGCUGAAGUGAGCCACUGCUGACAUUAUAUUCCUAUUUAUCCAGUUAUUUAUGGAUAAAUCCUGUGUGUGUGUGUGUGUGUGUUUGGACGUUCUCAUGUGUGGGGCUGUACAGUCCAUCAUCAUCAUCGUAACUAACAGCACUACCCCAAGUGCCAGAGGAAUAUUUUUACUUUAUUUCACGUUUGUAUUAUUGUUUAUUACAAGUGUUUUUAUUCGGCAUCUGGGUUUCACAAAAUGACAUAGACCAGAUACACUAUAGUAUAUAUUACCCAUAAUGUGUGUGUGUGUGUGUGUGUGUGUGUGUGUGUGUGUGUGUGUGUGUGUGUGUGUGUGUGUGUGUGUGUGUGUGAGAGAGAGAGAGAGAGAGAGAGAGAGAGAGAGAGAGAGAGAGUGUAAGAGAGAAUGAUCCAUUUUAAAGGCAUUCAGACACUAUUGGUUUACAAAGGGACCAGCGUUAUAAAUGUAUUUUUUAUUAUUAUUAUCUGUAUAUUAUGUUAUAAUCUAUAAGAAAGCGAUGGUUCAGCCAAAAAAAAAAAAAAUGUAGUCACUCAGCCACGACAUGUUUGCUGUCUCAUUAGUUUUUCUUUAUCUGUACAAUAGAAGCAAGAUUUCUACUAUUUUAUCCAGCUGUGUUUGCACAAAUGACAUUUCUGCGACAAAUUCCGAGUCUCAUUUAUCAGUCUUUAAGUAAAAUAUUUUCAUGGCCAAAAUGAUCUAAAAAUUCCUUACUAAAGUUUUGGCAACAUUGAUUUUUUUCAUACACGAGUGUUAAAAUGUCAAUCGGAGUAAAUUACUAAGCGCUUUCACGACACAACCGAUUUACAUUUAGCCAUGCCACGCCAUAAAACUCAAAGCUCACAGAGAGCUGAAAACCAAAAUGGCAACUAAACGGCGAAAGCGCACCUCCCAAGUCCGGUGUUUGUGCUAAAUCUUCCAGUAAUGCAGCUCAGCCAUUGCAGCGCAUCAGUAGAGACACACUAACUCAUUGUCCUUUUAUAGGGUGCCAUUACUUUUGUCAUACCUUAUGGAUUAGCUUUCCUGUUUCAAAAAAUGUUCAUUAAAUUGGAUUUAAUGAAGUAAUUUAAGCCUGGCAGUGUAAUCCGUAUAUAAAAUCGCAGUAACUUGUCGAUGAGUUUACGAUUCGAAGAUGAUCAGUUGAGGUUCACAUCAGUGAGUCUCCUUAUACAUAAAUUUACACAAACUCAGGAGCAAAACUCAGGAUACAGAUUAUUAUUAUUUUUUUUCUGAACUAACACAUCUUGAGUAAAUGCUCCUGCUAACAAAUUAUGAAUAAAUUCAUUCACUUCUGAUUUUAUAUAUAUAUAUAUAUUGCAUUUUAAUAAAAGAGGCCCAGUGCCUUCUGAAGCUCUUUAGAGAUACAGUUUGUUAGCACAGUGCUAAACUGGUGGCUAUAAGCUUGCAUUACUUGUUGGCUACAUCAGCCUCAUGUGCAACACUAAAGACUAAACUAAAGACAAACAUGUCGUGACUUUUAGGCUACAUUUCUACAUGUAUAUACAUUUAGGCUGAACUAUCACGUUCACAUUUAUGUCAUAGCUAGGCACAUUCCGAUACGUUACUUAUGAAUUAUAUUAACAUUAACUAUAAUUAAUAAUAAUGUCAUGGACACUUUAAAAUGUUCCCUAUACUGCUUUUUCGAGGAGUCUCCCUACGUAGGCAGUGCAUUUUGGGAAAUGAUUGUCCUCCUAAGAAAAAGACUGUCCUUUAUUUUCAGACAGAUUUGCCAGUGCAUCACAUGUCCUGUUGCAGAGAAGGCAGUCUCAUAAGAGAUAAAAUAAUCACUUAUUAUGAUUAUUAUUAUAGUUUAAUACUGGAGCAUACAUACUCAUGGAGCAGAAUGUAAAAGUUAAUAAUGGAAAAAAAUGCACAUUUAUGUUUAAAGGGAAAUCAUGUGUAAAGUUUCUGUUAAAAACUUGCACGUGGAUUAUUUUUAUUCUCGAUCUCACUGGGAACAACACUGCUGCAUCAUGUGGUGAUGGACACGGUGUUCUUUAGACAAGAGUUUACUGACUGUACACUUAUACUUUCUAUUCAUAAAGCUUUCGACCUGUUUUCCAUUGCUAAUAAUUACACAUGGCACAAUAUCACUUAUUCUUUUCUGACACUGUUACCCAUCUAAUUUUUUUCCUUUAAAUACUAAGCUUUAAAAAAGAUUUUUAUGAAUGAAGGGGAAAAAAAAAUAAACAUGCUAAAAACAUGACUUAUCAAAACUGCAGCUUUUUAAAAAUUCAGUUAAACUCUUUCACACAAAAUAACUUCAUUAUAUUUAUUUAUAUUUGCAAUUUAAAGUAUAAAGUAUAAAUGGAAUAAAAAAAAUUCUAACAAAAACACGUAAUUUUUUUUAUAUUAAUAUGUAAUAUAUGUAAUGUAAUCAUUCUUUAUAUGUAAACAUUUCCAAAAAAAAGCUAUUAAUGGGUGUUUUCCCAAAAAAAAAAAAAAAAAAAAGGUACUUCCACAUGUGACUCACUGUACCUUGUUUACGUUAUUGUGCUAAAGGAUUUGUUAUAGGAAACAUAGUGAAUCAAACUCACUUUUUAUUUUCUCCAAUAUCUGAUUUUUUUUUUUUUUUUUUUUUUUGCUGGAGUCAGAACGAAUCCUGGGAAUUAUAUCAGUGCCAUUUCUACUAAUAAUGCUUUACACACUGUAAUAAUGCCCUCUGUGAAAUACUGUAUUAAUUCCUUAAGUAACAUCAAUCUGUUCAAAAUCUCAUCUUUAACUUUUUCCUCUAUGCAUUUAUUAAGUAUCUUUAAUCAUUUUUAUAAAGAAUCAUAAAACAUUAUGAACAUUUAAUGUCAUUAGUUAUUUUUUAUUUUCUGUAUAAUCACUAUAAAGUGGAAACCUUUAUAUCCAAACUAAUUACACACAUUUGUUUCUCGCUAUUUUUCCACACCGGUCCGUUCAUUCUGACUACUUCCUGUGAUGAAGAGUGACACUUGUGUAAUUUAAUAGCACUUUUAUGAUGAGGCUUGAUGAUGACUUUAUAAGCUGCUUACAAAGCAAUGCUAGCAAAUUAUAAGGGAUUAUCAGCACAGUAAUUAUUAAAUCAGGUCUGAUAGCAGAUCUAAUCUUUGAAAGGACAUUUUAAGGAAAUAAAUGGAAAUAUAUAUAUCUCACACAGGGACAUGAUCUGUGGUCAAUCUGAGACAUGUUUUUAAUCUUUAUUUUAAUGUAGAAUUUUUUUUUUUAUCAAAUUGCAUAUAGUGAAAAAUAAAGUGCACCAUUCUGUC